AGCCCCUACAAACAACCACCUCAAGCACCACUACAAGUUACUCAGAGGAAUGUAGCCUAUGCACAGCCCAACUAUAACAGUCAGCAGGAUGUGUAUGUGCAGAAUACCAAUCCACAAGAAUAUAAUGAAAACUACAAUACAGCGACUGAUGAAGGACAAUACAACCAGCAGUCUGGAGCCCAUCAACCUAACAAGUCACCAUCCCGACAACAGACGAGGCUCAGGGUGAAUACUACAGCCACCUUGAGCAACAACAAGCACAAAGCUGUGUUAGCUGCUAUAGCCACUUCGUCACCUGAAGAUCAGGCAACACCAAUACGGACAACCAUCACCCACUUCCCAAAUAUUCCAGAUACUAACACACCUCAUCUAAUCACACCACAGGAUUCCAAAGCUGAAUCAAAAUCGAGGCAAGCAAAUUAUUCUGUAACUGAUAUAAACUCUUGGAAAAGCAAUUCUCAAAUGCUUAAUUCUCACAGAAUAACACCGACUUCAGUUUCCUCUCUCACUGAAUCUUUCUAUACUGCAGCACCCAAACCAACUCAAUCAUCCAGGUCAAGAGGUACUUUCCGUCGAAUUUCUCUAGAGUCUUCUACAGAACCAGCAGUUGGGAGACAAAUUUCAGAGGUAGUCACACUCAGUACUCCAUUGUCAGGUACUUCUACAUCAGGUAGUCUGAGUGCUGCUUCAUCAAGGAGUCAGGAUAGUAAUGCUCGACAUAUUUCUACCAAAUCCUUUACAGUUAUAGACAACAUCAAUUCCAUUUCAGAAACUUUCUCACAAGAUGCUGAAAUUAGUCCUGUUGAAAAUUAUUUCACACAGAACAAUGAUGGUCACAGACGUGGUAAAGAACGUGGUUCUGGUUCUUCCAGAACUGAUACAAUAACAUCAACAAAAUACCAAAAUCAGAACAAAAUAGGUGUCACAGAGGUAGCACAAAGAAUAAGGCUUGUGCCAGGGUCUACAAUGCCUCCAUCUAGUGAGUCACAUGAAUCUCAAAAUUCCGCAGUCUCGUUUAGUACUCCUCAGUCCAGACAACUUGAAUCUUUGGCAUUUCAUUCCACAACUGAAACUGUCACUUCACGCUCCGUAUCAAAAACUUCUGGCACUGAAACUGUUUCAUCUUCUUUUACCCAAAGAUCUACAUUCUCAAAACGAAAUGAGACUCAAAAUGAACCCAGUCCACCAACACCCUCACCUUCUGCCUUGAGGUCCUCUUAUCAUUCUAGCCUAGUUGAUUCAGAUGAUAUGCACUAUGGGCUAUCACGUAAUUCAGUUGUCCAACAAUCAGAUGUUUCAACCAACAAUAGAGCAAGGUCAAGAGGCAGUGGCCAAAGGAAAACUACUUCUUGUGCCGAUGCUGUAGAUGCCAACUCAAAUGCAGGCUGCAGCAAAAAACCACAAAUUAGAUUAAGACCUACAACAGCUUCCCUUGACAAUCAGUCGACCCCUGCUCCUGCCAGAGGCAACAAUGCUGGAAGGCCUCGUGGAGAUGGUUCAUAUACUACAGGUAGUGGGGCUGAACCAACUGUCAACCGUGGUACACCAGCCACUGUCAGUCGUUCCCGCCCCACUCUAAAACCGUCUACUGCUAUUGUGUCCAAAGCUCAGGAAUUUGUGGAUAUAUACCAAUAUCCAGCAAGAAGGCCUGAUCCUGUCUACCCAACACCACAGGUGGACAAGACAGCUGCCAAGUGUCGUAAAGAUGUGUGUCUUCUCCCUGACUGUUACUGUGGAGGCAAAGAUAUACCAGGUGGUUUUGCAGCAGAGGAGAUUCCACAGCUUGUUCUGCUAACAUUUGAUGACUCAGCAAAUGAUCUCAACAAGGGGCUGUAUACAGACCUGUUUGAAAAUGGCCGCACAAACCCUAAUGGCUGUCCUAUAGCAGCUACUUUCUACGUAUCUCAUGAGUGGACAGAUUAUAGUCAUGUCCAGAACCUGUAUGCAUCUGGUCAUGAAAUUGCAUCACAUUCCAUCUCGCACAGUUUUGGGGAACAGUUUUCUCAGAAGAAAUGGACUAAAGAGAUAGCUGGUCAACGAGAAAUCCUUGCUGCUUAUGGUGGUGUGCAUUUAGAAGACAUCAGGGGCAUGAGAGCUCCAUUCUUGGCUAUCGGAGGCAACAAAAUGUUCAAGAUGCUGUAUGAUUCAAACUUCACCUAUGACUCAUCAAUGCCUGUUUAUGAGAACCGACCUCCAAGUUGGCCUUACACAUUGGACUACAAAAUCUUCCAUGACUGCAUGAUUCCACCUUGUCCUACACGUUCCUAUCCAGGUGUAUGGGAGGUUCCUAUGGUGAUGUGGCAGGACCUGAAUGGUGGGCGAUGCUCCAUGGGUGAUGCAUGUAGCAAUCCACCUACAGCUGAUGGAGUAUAUAAGGUGCUCAUAAAGAAUUUUGAACGCCAUUACACAACCAACAGGGCACCAUUUGGUUUGUUCUACCAUGCUGCAUGGUUCACCCAACCACAUCAUAAAGAAGGCUUCAUUGCAUUCCUUGACACCAUUGUCAACAUGCAGGAUGUCUGGCUGGUAACCAACUGGCAGGCUCUUCAGUGGGUGCGUGACCCAACACCUCUGUCUCGCAUCAACAACUUCCCACCAUUUCAGUGCAAUUACCCAGAGCGACCCAGGAGAUGUAACAGCCCCAAAGUAUGUAACCUGUGGCACAAGUCAGGUGUACGAUAUAUGCGGACCUGUCAGCCUUGCCCAGAUGUCUACCCAUGGACUGGCAAGACGGGCGUCAGAAACAGCAGAGUUGACAAUGAAAUUACUGAAGAGUCAUAAACCAACAGGAAAACAACACAUCAGAAUUCAGACAUUUGUAAACAACUGAUUCUUGUUUAAGAAAUGAAAUCCUAAUUACAUGCACAAACCAAAUUUUAGAAAAUCAUGAAUUUAUUUAAAACUGACUUUUGUAAAUUUCUUGAAGAUGAGUGUCUUCAGGGUUGUUGCACCAUGUAAUCUGGUAGAAAUUUACUGAUGUUUCAGAAGUGCUUGCUGCCUCCAUCAUAAGCACUUCUAAAACAUCCAUAAAAUUCUACUAAACUAAUGGCACAACCCAGAAGAUGGUCAUCUUCAUACCUGCUGCUGUGAGAACCUCAAAUCUCACUAUGUAAACUUAUUGUUUAUAAAUAAUCCAUCUAAGGGUUUCAUGUUAAAGAAAUAAUGUAGUUAAGAUAAACUGGCCUCACAUAAAUUAUUUCCAAUUGGAAUACACAAGAUUAUGCAAGAGUUUAAACUGAACAGACACAAGAGAAACACACCAUAUUCAAAAGCAGUUUUUGACAGUAAACUACAUAUAAAUUAAAAAGUGAUGUGACUACAGAAAUGUAGUUACUUGAAAUCUGAACAAACUUUAAUGAGAAUUUUAUUCUUUACUGUGAAGCACAUUAUCAGAUGGCUCAACAAGUCAGCACAUUCUUUUAUGUACAUACACAUAUAUGCCAUUUGAAGGUGCUUAGACUCUGAUAAUAAGGACUCCAUUGAAGCAUUUUUAUAUUCUUUGCAUUGGUUAUUAGCAAGAAAAAUGCUUCACUAAAGCCCUUAACCACAGGAUAAAAAGCUACCUUUGAACAAGGAGUGAAAUUCGGGGUAUCAAGAAUUGGUGGUUGGGUUAAUAAUGUUUCUUGCAAAAAUCCUUUGUUGAUGGGGCAUAUACGCAUGACAGCUGCGCUUCUGUCUUUUAUUAUGCCAUACACAUUUCAUACAUAAACUGAAAAAGAAUUAUUUAUAUGUGAUAUACUAAAUACAUUUACAAAGUAGAAUACAUAUGAAAUAUAAAUUAUAACAUAUCUGAAGCACAGCUAAGAUGCCCUUUUGGUCAUUGCAGAACAAAACUGACUUCUUGAACACAAUGAAAAUAUGUGCCCUGAAUACUGCUUAACUGAUUAUAUUACCAUUAUAAAAGAUAAAAUAUAACUUACACAGCACUACAGUAAUGUGAAAGGUUCUGGGAUCCCUCAUUGGAAUUUAUCGAUCAAUAAUUAUAUACAUAAGAAAGAUGCACAUUCCACUUCUUUUAAAGUUCAGUGAAAUUGUUUAGUUUUAUUUUGUACACAAAAGUCAAGCUACACAUAUUCAAGUUAACAAUUAACUUUUAAAAAAUAUAACUUAUUAAAUAUUUCAAUUAUAAUAGAGAUCAUUUGGUAGAUUUAAUUAAAUCCAAACAUGUGACAACUAAAAUAUCACCAAACAUUUAAUGUAUAUAGUAAAUAGAUUUUGGGGUAAACAACUAUUUCUUAGCUAAGGGAAAUAUGCAGGCAUGUUGCAACUGUUUCAAAUCAGACUUCAUGAACUUAAUACAGUAUGCCCCAGAAACAAAGCUUUCACGCUAAAUCUUCCAGUACCUAGUUGUCUCUACUGUAUGCGUAUGAUUGUGUGUAUGUAUGUGUUGUGUGCCCUGAUACCAAUGACAGAUUGAUAACAGUAUUGAUGUUGCUUAUUAUAAUUAUUAUUUAUUGACCCUGUUUGCCAUUAAUUAUACUCAUGUAGUUUAACUUAAAUGUAAAUGUUGAAAAUGGAGGCAAUCAUCAAGUGCACUAUGCAUGUGUGGCUUAUCAGGUAUAUUAGCCAUGGAAACAGGACUAAACUUCUGCUGCCAUUUGCACACACUAACCCUGAAAUCAAAAUCUUAGAAACAAGGGAAUCACAUCUUGACAAGUUUUAUUAAAUAAAAAUAAUUCCUCAGAGCCAUUAGACUAUGUAAUUGAAAGCACACCAAGAUAUAGUCAUCAUGCAUACUGUUGGAUACUGUGAAGAAAUUAAUGUAUAAAAUGAAAAAGCAACAAGCAGUGUUUGAGAUGCAAACACCCAAUUCAGACUGGUGCACUAGAGUAUACUAUUUACAUUGUCAUGUGUUUAGCAAUAUUUUGCCAUUCCUUGUUCUGAAUGAGUUCUACAAUAAAUAUUUAAACUACUGGGUUAACACACAGAAGCACUGUAAUGCUACUACAAUCAAGCAGUUGUAUUCAAAAUUCUCUUUUCUUUUAGUAAGGAAGUAUUCUUUCUUGACUUAGGAACAUCAAAGUUUCCAUUAUGAUGAUUAACUGUUGGUUGUUAUAACAUAUUUUGAACAAGCACAAGAACAGUCAAGUAAUGGUUAUAUAAUUCUUGAAAAACUAUAGUGGCUCUAGACUUCAUACAAUCAAACAUACAUGAAAAUGGUAUUAAAAAUUACAAUACAAAAUACAAACUGGCUUCACUUGAGUACUUCCGCAAAAAAGUAAGACAAUACAAUGCUGUAUGUUUAAUUUAUUUCAAAAAUAUGUAUUUUUAAGACAUAUCUGUUGCUCCAACUCAUAAGACCCUUCAAAUUUGCUAUGGCUGAUAAAAAUAUGACAAGUACAUAAACAUUAUUUGCUUAUAGAAAAGAUGAACAUUUUAAGUGAUGCACUUUCUAAAGGGAGACACAAAGUAUGUUUAAAAAGUAUGAUCUGCUUGCCAAACCACUUACAAAGUUUUCAACUGAUAUGUUUGAAUGGAAUUCAGACAAGAACAUUUUUUGUUGGCUAAGAACCCAGUUUUAAUAAUUCAGUUUACAGAUCUGUUUUUUCUUCCCCUAACAGUGCUGCUUCAAAUUUUUACAAAUGUAUUGGUCAUUCCUUAGUCAGUGUGUUCAAUUUUUGUAAAACCCCUCAUAUUCACUAUAGCAUAUCUGAUAGCCAGCUUUAAAAUUACCUUUUGUUUAUAGGCACAAACAAUACAUAAAGUUACAAUUGACCUAUAGUGAGAUUGUUCUCAUUUGCCAAUCUAUCCAUAGGUUUCAACUACAAGAACACUCAGAAUUUUGACAAUAUUCACUAUUUGAAUAGAAGUUUAGGCAAAGUCCAUUUAAUCCAUACUCCCUAAUUAGAGCCCCUAAAGGACACAGAUGGAUUUUUGUCUCUUUUUAAAUUCUUUUAUAAAUAAAAUAACAUUUUGGAUUGAUACAUAGUCUUAAAUUGAAAGUACCUGAGUGGUAUGGCACAGUUCCAGUUUGAAAGAAAUGAGCUGUUUCCACUAUUACUUCAUGACAGUUCAUGCUUUCAAAUGUUGAAUUGAACAAUAGCUGAAAAAUGGAUAGCACAAUUAAGGAAAUUUUAAUUCUACAGCAAAUAACUUCUACGAGAGCAUACUUCAUCUUAUAUUUGUGAGGGCUCACACACACCUUGCCCUUCCAUUACACUGCCUAUGACUGAUAUCUCCAGUGCUCUGGUGCUGAAGAAAUCACCAAGGUGCACUCUGCCCUGUUCAAGGUGGGGAAGGCUUUCAAUGUGACAAAAUCUAACUUUAGCACUAAAAUACCAAUAUAUAUGACCUUAUUCAUUGGACUAAGGUUUAAUUAAUGGAAAGGGUAUUACUUUUCUCUUUAUCACUGUGGCCCACUGAGCUUCCUACCUAACAAAGUAUGAAGAUCUAUUUUGAAUGCACGAAACAAUGUUUACAGGCUCCCUGUACUGAAAUUGAUGAAAAGAAAUUCUUUCUUCUGCGAAAAAUAGUAACAUUUCCUUCAAAGAAUAUCUGACUUUAACAAACCACAUAAUGAGUUCGAUUAACAUGCAGAAUGGUAAAAAUUUGGCUGCAGUGCAGUAAUUAUAUUUGUUAAUCAAAUCCCCUAGCAAUCAGUUUCUUAAAAUUAAACUAUAUAUGAGGGAAAGGAGCAACAGUUUCUUGGAAAGUCUAAUGGCAUUGUUAUGUGAUUGAUACAAAAAACAACACUACUAUAAUAUAUAUACACACAUAUAAACAAUUGCAAUUAUAGUAAGCAUAUAAAUCUCACUGAGAAUCAGCGAUAUCUUUGCAUGGUUAAUUUUUUUUGUAUUGUGAUACCCAUGCAAAUCAAAUAUUAAAAUUAAAAGUUUCUGUAACUUAAGAA